AGUUGUGGUCCCAUUUGGGCGGUACCGGUUAACGUCCUACCUUUUAUUCGCAUCGACAUAUCUUUCUUUACUUCUCUUACUCCCUCUUUUCUACCCGGUCACUUCCCGCGACGACGAGCACACGAUGGCAAUUCAAAGGGAACCUGGCCAGAAAGGCAUAAACUGGUCUAACAUUGCUGUCGGUGCUAUCAUGAACAUGUUUGAGGUCACGACCCUCGGUCAACCCUUGGAAGUCCUCAAGACCCAAAUGGCUGCCAACCGCUCGCAGACUAUGGUCCAGGCCGCCAAGGCGGUCUGGGGCCGCGGUGGUGUCGCCGGGAUGUAUCAGGGUCUGAUUCCAUGGGCUUGGAUUGAAGCUUCCACUAAGGGUGGUGUGCUUCUUUUCACGGCUUCUGAAAUUGAGACCGCUGGUGUUGGUAUGGGUGUCAGCCCUGCUACCGCUGGUCUCUUGGGUGGUAUGGGCGGUGGUAUUGCUCAGGCUUAUGCGACUAUGGGAUUCACGACAUGUAUGAAGACUGUCGAGAUUACACGACACAAAGAGGCUGCUGUCGGUGUCGAACGGUCGACAUUCCAAGUGUUCAUGGAUAUCUACCGCCGCGAAGGUAUCAAGGGUAUCAACAAAGGUGUCAACGCUGUUGCCGUGCGACAAUGUACCAACUGGGGAUCUCGAAUGGGUUUUGCUCGUCUUGCUGAAACUACGAUCCGGAAUGUGCGCGGCAAGGGCGAAAAAGACAGCCUUGGUGCUAUGGACAAGAUCUUGGCUUCGUCCAUUGGUGGCGCACUGGCUACAUGGAAUCAGCCUAUAGAGGUCGUCCGGGUUGAGAUGCAAUCAAUGGCGAAGACCACUGCAAAUGCUAACCGCCCGGCAAAACUCACUAUCCUCAACACCCUCGGCUUCAUCUACAAAGAGAACGGUAUCAAGGGUCUCUACCGUGGUGUCACACCACGGAUAGGUCUUGGCAUCUGGCAAACAAUCUGCAUGGUGUCGUUCGCCGACUAUGUGAAAGCCUGGGUGAAAAAGAGUUAGUCAGGGAUCGCAAUAGCGGUGUCUGCACUUUAAUCAUCAUAGACAGAUAAUAGUAUACUUUGACAUACAUUAUAGACACAUACCACUUUUUUGCUCGCUAUAUAUUCUUUCCUGGUCAUAUAUUCUCGAAUUUGAGAGCCAAGUCGUCGGCUCGCAUGUGUUUGUGGAUCGCAGCCAGACCAUUAUGUAAUUGCAUCCGGUAACCG